AGAAACGCCCUGCGAGGCGGCAGAGGCGCCGCCGAGGCAACAGAAGAAGCGGCAGCGUGAUAGACCGCCGCCGGGUCGCUAGUCGUGCCCGCCCGCCUGCCUGCCCAGCGCUCGUCGGCGGGAGCUUCCCUCUCCCAAGCCUGGAGGAAGGCGCUCCCGCACCCCGCGACGAAGGGGAGGGAUGGGCUCGACCGAGGAGCUGCUGCUCCCGCCGCCCGAAUACGCCUUCGAGAGGAACUGGGAGCCGGCGCCAUCGUUGGCGGCUUCUCCGGGCGGGAGGGCAGUCGCCCGGCGCAGGCGGAGGAGGCAGCACCGGGAGCAGCAGCAGCCGCCUGGGGGGAAAGAAGAGGAGGAGGAGGGCGAGGAGGAGGAACAGCAGGUCCGAGAAGAAGACAGAGACUACAGUAUUGAGCCUGUUACAGAUGACUACAAAAAGAUGGGAACUCUCUUUGGAGAGCUCAACAAAAGCCUCAUUAGUAUUGGCUUCACAAGGAUGUAUUUUGGAGAACGGAUUGUGGAACCUGUAAUAGUCAUAUUCUUCUGGGUUAUGCUCUGGUUCCUUGGUUUACAAGCUCUUGGACUUGUUGCAGUCUUAUGCCUUGUCAUUAUUUAUGUUCAGCAGUAAAGCACUAGAGAUGGUGGUUGAACACUAUGUAAUCUCUUGGUGGAUUUACAUACUAAACAAAGCAAGAAUGGUAUAUUUAUAGCUGGACAUUAUGUUGCCACUAAAGUUAUGCACUCUUUCUUUUUGAACUGUCCUAUCUUUGCAAUUUAAAACAAAGCAAAAAAUUCUAAAUGUGUUAUGAACUGAUGGGUAAAAGAAGAUCUUAAUACAUGACAGUGGAAGCUAAUUAAUAGAAGAUACUGGAUCAAUGUAGUUCCUGUGGGUUCCAGUCCUGGAAGGUCUUUUUGGUAUGAAAAGAAACUUGCCCAGAAAUUAGGUUAGCAGUGGUUUUAUAUUUGAUCUAUGACAACUUUUAAACAGUCCUUUUUGUAUUGCGAACUAAACUUUUUAAAAUGCUGGUUUGUAUGAGCUUUUAUGCUUCAUUAUUUUAUAUCAUCCUGUAAAUCUCUGCAAACUUCUUUAGCCUUGUGUGUAUACAUAUUCAGUCUUAAGCAAGUAUGCUUCUGUACGACUGGUGCCAUUUAAUGUUUUAUAUGUAUAUAAGUAAAAAUUAAGGAAUUCAACAUCACACUCUUCCGAUCGUUCUGUCAGUGCAAGCGUUUUCUGCUUGCCAGACAGAACAAUUCCCCCUUUCCUCUGCCUGCCUGUUUCUCCCAACCCUCCAGAGCAAAUUUGGAGAAGGUGCAAGGGUUUCAUGGGGCAGGGAGGGGGAAGCCCUGGCACUGGCUUCCACUAGCGUGCCAGAAUAGUCGAAUCCAGCCCAACAUAUUUACUAGAUAAGAGACUAAUACUCUUGCAGCUUUUCAUCCAUGUCAUGUUCUCAUUGUGGGAAAAAAAUUUCCUCUCUUUUUGUAAUGGCUUUCUAGAAUCCUCCAUCCUGUAUCUGAAACUUUUCUAUGCACAAGCACAGUAGACUUAGAUGCAAGACAAGCCACACUAAAGAUGGUGGCUACAAUCUUUCAUGUGUUCCUUUCUAGUGAUAGGGGCAUAGUUCAUUUUGGGGGGAUUCCAAAAACAAAUUCCCUAGGUUUGGACGUAUAAACCCUAUCCUGAAUUAGGCCAGAUUCCUUCAGAGUCUGAACCUGAUUUGUAAUUAUGCCAACUGUUCUUUUUGCCAUUCUGUACCAAAUGAACUCAGGAGUGUAAGGGCUCAGUACAAAGCCAUCAUUAGGCCCUAGUAUAUUGCUGAAAGUAUUGUGGUUCUUAUGAGGUUGAUUUGCAAAGUGGAAGAUUCUUUGAAUGAGAAACUAGGGAAAUGCUAGAGAAAAGCAUAUUGAAUGACAGCCAUAUAAGCAUAUUGCUUGUGCAAUCUGUUGUAGCCAGUGUCCCUUUUUUUACAAAGAGUCCUUACAUUCACAGAGAGGCCUUUGAUCAAUGGAGGAAGAGCCGGCCUGCCCAUGAGAUGAGGUGAAGCACUCGCUUCAGGUGGCAGACGUUCAAGAGACGGUGCUUGGCCCACCCCACUGCUUCCAUCACUGAGAGGGAGGCCCAUGGGCAAAGAAGCGAAACGGCAACACUUUGAGGAGUGCCUGGGCUCUCACUGAGUUCAGCAAGAGCCGGGGCAUUGCAAAUCAGCUUAAUUGGUAAUGCUUUGACAAGCAGCACCCCAGCUCCCGCCAAGCUUAGCGACAGCCAGAGUGCAGUGGUGGCAGAAGUGGGGAGGUGUAGGGGGACAGAAGGUAGCAAUUCCUGUUUUGCUUCAGAUGGUGAAACAGGAUGGGCUGCCCCAAAGUGGAGAUCUCUGGUGGAAGGGAAAUACAUUUCGCUGAUACCUCUUUUUCUGUGGAGCUCUAACACUCCCUUUAAUGCUGUUCUGGAUAGUCUCCCAACCUUCUCAAGCUAUUUUUUGUGGGGUGCAGAAGAAGGAAUCAUUGAUAAUUUCACGCACCUACCCCCGUUGGUGGUUGCCUCUGCUGAAUCAAAAGCUCUUUUGCAAACAAAAGUUUAUUAUUGGAUACAAUCAAACAGAAUUAUUUCUGCAGCUUUCAUUCUGUUGAUUAUGGUCCUAAUGGUCACAUAAAUAUAUUUUUUUCUUGCAACAUAGGUGUUACAACUAUUCAGAAAAAGUUGGUUGAUUUUUGAUGCAAUUUAUUAUAUGCUCAACAUAGUGGCAUAUUUUUUCACUUUUAAAUGAAUUUCUGAUCUCCAUUUCAUUUGCCAAAAAUGUUAAGUGUCCAUAACGUUAAAAUAGCUGAACCAACCUUUUUCUUCUGUACAGUUUGCUUCCUGCAAACAUUUAAAAUGGAGAAGCAUUUGACCUUGCUGCUUUUUGUUUGUGUUGACUUGUAGCAACUACAAGUGAUCUCUUGUGUGUACUAUGGCUCUAUGUACACCUGAAUCUCCUUCACUUGCAGUAUAUUUCCUAUUCAUUUCAUGAGAGGAAGACAAAUCUGUACAAAGUGAUUGCAUCCAUUGAAAUGAAUGAGGAAGGCCCAUGCAUACAGGACUUCCAUGUGAGCCAGCGCAGCCCAACUUGGGCUUGGGUUCAAGGUUUGCAUGAUUGGGGCACAUAUUUAUAGCUACAUAUUAUCAGAGGAAAAAUAUACAAUUAGAAUUUAAAGAAUGAAUUGGCAGAAAUGUUUCAUGUUUGAAAGAUGAGGAAUAGUCUCACAGGUUUUCUUUAUAAAAUGUAUUACUCUUGUCUGUUGGCUACAAAGUUCAGUGCUAUUCUGGUGCAAGCACUUUUGAAACAAUUGGAAGGUGUGUGGCAAGGAAGACAGUGUUAGGUUGCCAUAUAAAUGUUCAUUGUGAAGAACAGUAACCCAACUCUUUACUUUGUAUAUAUGUAAUUUUAUUUAUGUGAAGAUAUUUAAGGUAAAUUACCACUUGGGCUAUUGGUAUUAAAAUUGUUUGGGGAGCAUAGUAUAUAAAUCCAUAUGUGACUCAGAGGUGUGUGUGUGUGUGUGUGUGUGUGUGUGUGUGUGUGUAUAGUAGUUUGAAUUCUCCAGCUGUACAAGAAACUUGGCAGGAUCCAAAGGACCAUGCAUGAUGUUUCAUUUACACAUCUUCUUGCUCCAACUCUUUUGCGCCAAAAUACCACACCAGAGCUGCACAUAACACGAUGCAGGUGAAUGUACUCAGGCAUAGAAACUGAAGGCCUCCCAUCCAUGUGUGGAAAAGCUUUAUGGUCAAGCACAGAGGCUUUGGGAACACAAGACUUUUAAUAGACUGUUGGACUCUCACUUGCACUGAAAAGCUGCCACACCCAAACUGACAAGGUUAAAUUAUUUACUUAGAUACGUUUCUAUAAAAGUGUACUUUUGAGAACACUUCGUUACGUUUUCUAAUAAAAUGCUUUCUCAAUA